UCGGAAGGGGGGCGUGGAGGCAACCGGGAUCAGCCAGGGGCCAGCAUGAGCCGGAGGGAGGGAAGUCUGGAAGACCCACAGGUUGACUCCUCAAUCUCACUCCUUCCCCACUUGGAGGCCAAGAUCCGUCAGACACACAGCCUUGCCCGCCUCCUCACCAAAUAUGCUGAGCAGCUGCUCCAGGAAUAUGUGCAGCACCAGGGAGACCCCUUCGGGCUGCCCGGCUUCUCGCCCCCGCGGCUGCCAGUAGCCGGCCUGAGCGCCCCGGCACCGGGCCACGCGGGCCUGCCCGCGCCCGAGCGGCUGCGGCUGGACGCGGCGGCGCUGACCGCGCUGCCACCGCUGCUCGAAGUGGUGCGGCGCCACCAGGCGGAGCUGAACCCGCGCGCGCCGCGCUUGCUGCGGCGCCUGGAGGACGCGGCGCGCCAGGCCCGGGCCCUGGGCGCCGCGGUGGAGGCCGUGCUGGCCGCGCUGGGCACAGAGACUCGCGGGCCCCGGCCCGAGCCCGCCACCGCCGCUGCCGCCGCCGCCGCCGCCGCCACCGGCGCAGGCGUCUUCCCUGCCAAGGUUCUGGGGCUCCGCGUGUGUGGCCUCUACCGCGAGUGGGUGAGCCGAACCGAGGGCGACCUGGGCCAGCUGGUGCCCAGUGGCCCGGCCUGAGCGCGGAGCUGCAGCUUGCUGUCACCCCCUCCUAGUCCGUCUCUGUCGGUGCCUAAUGAGGGCGGACUGUCUGCGUCUCUCUUGUCUCUGCCAUCUCUCUGUGCUUUGUAAGCGCUCCGUGUCUCUUUCUCUAUCGGACCUCCUUGUGUCUGUGACGUCCCAUGUCCAUCAUUUUCUUGCUUUCCCCCCUCUUUUCCAUUUUUUGGGCCUGCCUCCGUCUCUCUUGGUCUCCCCCUUCACCUGUCUCUGGGGGGGGUCUCUUUGUUUUCCCUUUUCUCCAUCUCUUGUCUCCCUUUGGCCCCAUGUGAGCAGGUGUACCUCUCCGCCUCAUCUCAAGGAGGGGACACCUCAUCAACUCUGUUUCUUUCACUGCCUGUCUCUGUCCUUUCCUGGCCAGGGACCUGGCUGCCAGCCCUGGUGGGAGGGCUACUCCAGACAAAUUUCAGCCACCUUCCCACAGUGCAUCACUCCCCCUGCUUGCUUCUCCGUUUGAUGUCCUUUCCCUCCUUCACCUCCUCUGCCCUAUCCCCAUACAUCCCCCCACCAAGCCAAAUCUAUGGAGAGAAAAAAAAUCAACACCUUAAAACAGUUUUAUUCCUGAGAAUAAAUUAAUUUUUUGUAAAUAAAAUGUUUAAAAAUAAAAAAGAACACUAAAGUUACCAGUAUAUACAGUUGCCGAAAAUGGGGAGACACCUUUGGGGAGAAGAGGAUCCUUGGGGCACAAUCUGGUCCCCCAGACAUACCCAAAAGCUACAGUAUAAAUAGGAGAUUAACAAAUGCCCCCAGGCCAGGGAUAUUGUCCAUCACUCUAGAACAGGAAGUAGAUGUGUCCUGAGCUGGAAACAUCUAUAUGAGUACUUUUUCAUUUGGACUUCCAUUGAUUGGGAAGUGAAGUCCCUCAAGAUGGAAAGUUGGAACAGUGGCUAUAGUCAGGAAAGUAGACUAGGGGAGGCAAUGAACUCCAGCAAGAAGGGGAGACCUAUCUGCUCAGAAAGCCCAUAGCUUCAUACAGAAAAUGAGGUAGAAACAAAAAGGCAGCCCCUGGACCUCCUCAAAAUUACAGGAAAAGGAAGGUCUCACGGAGAGCCCUGGCAUUCUUUCCACCCAAGAUGGGGGCAACCAGGACCACUGGAUUGAAAGAAUCCACAAAACAAUACCCAUAGAGUCCCACCCAGAUCUGGAAGGGAGGUCAUAGGACCUAGGCAGGAAAGACCCAGGCAACAGGGACUUGAGGCCUGGUUCCUAGGAAAUAUUCCCAAAUAAACAAGCCCUGUCUGCUAGACAAGAUGUGUCUCCUUUAGUGAAGAAGCAAGGCAGGAAAGAGUCCAUUGGGAAAGAAGUGUUGCAGCCUCUGGCAGGAAGUCCUGCCUCGUCUAUCCAGGGUAUUUGGCCUUGAGCAGAGCCAAGUCCCUCACAGCUCGGUCUGUCCAGUGGCCAUAUUCCCGGGUCACUACAUAGCCUCGACAUUUCCUCUCAAAGGCUGAAGCCCCAAAGGCAACAACACCGAGAGUGUCCUCUUCCGGGGGGAUGGGCAGGCCCAGAGCAGUCAUGAUUGCAGCCAUGUUGCCCAACAGGCCUUGGGCCCUGAGUCUUGCGGCGCCGAGCUGAGCCAGCAGGAUAGGACUGCCAGGGUUCAGGUCUCUCUGGUCAUCCCCUACGAGCUGGAGGUGCUGGGUCAAGGCCAGGAAGGCCCCCUGGGCAUGGCCCAGCCGCUCCCCAUCAUCCAGGGCAUGCCAGGUCUUGAAGGAGACAGCGGCAGGAGGCAGGCUGCUGAGCUGAAGCUCAGGGGCUGAGAAACCAGGGUCGCUAAAGGGGCUGCCCUGGUACUGGAGCUGCAUGAGAAACAGAGACAGAUAGGAAUGCGGGGACGUCCAGUGGUGCUGACUUCACAUCUGCCUUCCAUAAGACUGACAUUUUCCCAGGGGGAGGAGUUAGUGGGAUGUCCUAGCACAGAGCCUGGGCUCUGUUAGGUUCCAGGUUCAUGUAUAGAUUGUACAACUUUGAAUCACAGCUUCAGUAAUUCCCAUGCGUAAAAAUGAUAAGAAGUAGUAUAUAUAAAGCACUUAGCACAGCACUUGGCAUACAAUAAGGGCAUGAUAGGCCACUAUAUUACAUUAAUAUCAUGACAUCAUGACACUAUGAUUGUGUUAUUUAUUAUACUAUUUUCAGUCUAAAUAUAUUAUUGACCACGUAGUUAUAGUCUAUAUGUAUCUUUAUUUAUAGCAUUUAGUUGUUUAUGCUUAUUAAUUUUAUUAUAAUCAUUAAUAAAUAAUUGUUAACAUUAUUAAAUUUAGUUGAGUGCCUUCUCCAUUAAAGUUCUUGCCUCCAUAAACCUAGACCCACAAAAUCUUAGUGCGCACUGAUAAAUCCCCAAACUGGUAGCCCACCUAGUCCUCCAUCACUAUUUUAGGUGAAGAAACUGAGGCUCACGGUGCCCAAAGCCACCCAGGGAAUGAUGGCAGCUAUGGCACGAGAAACUAGAUUUAGUAAACUUGACAUGGGCCUGGAAUAUAGCACAGGGGAGGAGUCACAAAUCCUAGGGUCUCCAGGAACCAGAUGGAUUGUGUAACUGGAGGAAGAAGGCAGAACCAAGAUGGGGUGAGGAGGGGCCAGGAGGGUCCCUGUGCCUGUUUUAGACAGGCAGUCAUGUUCAAAAUUUGAACAAGGAUUUCAUGGCCCAAACAGAAAACAUCUGUAGGUCAGAUUCAGCUAGUGGGCCACUGCUAGUUUGAACUUCUAGACAGUGUGGGGGUGUUGCGGGAGGAUUGGCACUGCCAGUGAUUAGCUGUGUGACCUUAGGCAAAUUAUUCACCCUCUCUAAAACUCAGUUUCCUUAUCUGUAAAGUGGAUUAUGAUUCUAUCUCUCAGAACUGUUUGAAGAGUCAGCAAGAUAAUGGGCAGAGUGCCCAGCCCGGGCACAUGGCUCAAGUAAGCACAUAGCGCGAGGUGAUUGUAGAAAUAAUUAUGACCCUGUAAAGUCUUUCUCUGUAUGUGCUGUCUUUGACUCUUGUAACAGUCCUGAAAGGUCAGCAAAAGCAGGAUCACAAAUUCCAUUUUGCAGAUGAGGAAGCUGAGACCCACAAAGAGAGAGAGAGAGAGAGAGAGAGAGAGAAGGAAUGACAGCCCAAGGUCACCAGCUAUCAGUGACAGUGUUUGAGUGAGUCUCUAGUUGACAGAGCCCCUGUGCCCUCAGAUUCAUGGGGGAGCCUUCUCCUGGCCUUGCUCUGCUUCUCCUACUUAGAGUUGGGCAAGGAGGGCACUUUCCCUCUCCCCUCAUCCCCUGCUUGUGCCCAGUGUCACUCACGUAAGUCUGCAGCAGUGUUGAUGUAUUCUUCUGCAUGUAGAGGGCCAGGCUGUAGGCUUGACUGAUGGGCUCAGCUGGCGAGAUGGGAGCCCCAAGACUGAGGGGUAGCAGCAGUAGGGUCAGCAGGCAGAGGGGGGCUGUCAGAGAAAAUCGGAGGUCAGAUCAAAUUCCUGAGCCUGCCUGCUGGUUCGUUCAUUUUAAAAAAAUGUUUGUUUGUUUAUUUACUUUUAUUUAUUUAUUUAUUUAUUUAUUUAUUUUGAGAGAGAGAGAGAGAGAGGGAGUGAGAACCCAAGCAGGCUCCACCCUGUCAGUGCAGAGCCUGACGUGGGGCUUGAACUCACAAACCAUGAGAUCAUGACCUGAGCUGAAACCAGGAGUCACACACUUAACCAACUGAGGCACCCUGGCGCCCCAGUUCAUUCACUCUUUGUAACAACUCUUCAAGUGGCCACAGACUUUGUGGCCUGCAACAAUCUUGUGUAUCCAAGUCAGGACAGAAUCACCCUGUAAGUAGAUUAUUUCCAGCCCAGAACAUUCCCCUGAACUCCAGACCUGUGUAUUCAACUUCCUGCUUGACAUUUUCCCUUGGAUAUUAAUAAGAUUCUCAACUCAAAAUGUCUAAUACUCAACUCUCGAUUCCCCUUCUACCCUCCUCCCCUAGUCUUCCCCCUCUCAGGCAAAGCUGCUUCCUUUCUUCCAGUUGCUCAGGUCAGAAUGUGGGGUCCUCUCUUUGAUGCGUCAUUCUCUCUUGCUCUCCACAUUCACCCCCACAGUAAAUCCUAUCGGCUCUGUCCUUAAAAGGUAGCCAGUGCAGGUCUGUGUUUCUUGAUCUGAGUGCUCAUGACAAGGAUAUGAUCACUUUGUGAAAAUUCAUUGAGCUGUACGCUUAAUGAGUUGUACACUUUUAUAUUUGUUAUUUUCAAUAAAAAGUUUUAAAACUUGAAAAGAUGGAUCCAGCAUCUACCUACUUCCCCCCUCCUAUUGCUACCACCUGAGUCCUGGCCACCAGCACUUCUCACCUGGACUGUUACCACAGCCUCACCCCUGGUCUCUGCUUUCACCCUUGUUCCCCCUCCCCCCCCCCCCCCACCCCUUCCAACUCCUCAGUCCAGCUAAAUCCCUCCUCUGCCCGAACACUCCCUCUGCUCCCACCUCACACUGUGAAAAUGUGUAAGCCAAAGCCCCCAGUGGUCUACAAGGGCUAGCCCCUCUGUAUUGGCCUCCUAUCUUCUCUAAGCAUUCCUCCUCAGGCCUUUGGCCUUGCUGGGCCCUGCAGGACCACCCCCAAACCUUUCCAAGGCUGGCUCCUUCUUGUUCUUCAGGCCUCAAUUCAGAUGAGCUGUCCUGACUGCAUAUCAAAAGCCCCUUCCCUCUCCCCGAUUUAUAGUCUUCAGAGAUUUGCUAUUUCUCUUUAUUUAUUUGUCUACUUGUUUGUUACUGUCUCUCCCCCUAGAAUGUUGGCUCCAGGAAAGGAGAAACUCCCCCUGGUUCAUUCGCUGCUGGUUCCCCAGCAUCUAGCACAGAGCUUAAUAAAUAUUUGUUGAAUGAAUGCUGCCAUGAACAUCCUUAUCCCAGGCUCUUUGGGCACUUUUUCAAAGAGGGAAUGUCUGGAUUGGAGGAUGUGCUCAUUUUAAAUUUGAGUAAAUGCCGCCAAUUGUCCCCUUAAAGGGCAGGCCCAGUUGUUCCCAGUGUGAGGCUCGGAGAGGAGGAGAAUUACCUAAGGUCACCAGCAGGAAGCAAUGGAGAGGAGAGGCAAAUCAGGAUGGCCUCCUUUGUUCCCCUUUCUACAUUCCCGAGUUCCCUAAAUUCAGAACUUAAGGGAAGACUGAUAGUGAAGGCCCAUUCAUUCAUCCAUUCAUUCAACAAGCUUGGAUCUUAGCACUCACCUUCGAUCACACAGGCAUUAUAAUUUCCUUACUUAGGACAUUAUUGUCUGUCUGCAGAAUGAAAUCUCCAUGAGAUCAUAGAUUUUUGUCUGUUUGUUCACUGCUGUAUCCCCAAGUGCCAAGAAAACUGCCUAGCACAUAAUAGGCGCUCAAUAAAUAUUUC